AUGCACUACGCCUCCAGUGUGUGGAUGCAGACGUGCGGCAUCAGCCUGCGGACGCUAUCAAAGGUCAGAGCGAGCAAGCGACUCGUCUCGUCGAUGCGAAGGAUUGCCUCGAUCAUCGCGGAGUCAGACACAGAGCGAAUGGAGAUCAUCCACGAGUACUCUCUGGCACCACGGAACGACCGCGUCGUGGGCGAGCGGGAUCAGAUACAGGUGGUCAAGCCAAACGACGUGGAAGAUAUCGUCGUCGCCACUCCCAGCUCGCAGAGCGUGGUUGGAAUGGGAGGUGUCGUUCACGACACUAGCCUCAACAGCACGAGCGAGCUGGCCAGCUACUCGGUCACCCUCGGAUUGAGGGAUGAGCAGAACCGGUACAUAGCAGAAAUCGCGGCAGUGGCAACGGCGCUGGCCGGCUGGACUGCGUCGCCGAGAUUUGACGAUCAUGACGAGCAACUGCUCGGCAUUGGAGGUAAUCAGGCGGGCACGCCAACAGUCUGGCCAGUGCACAAUCCUACAGAUAUACGACGCAUCGAUGCAACAGAAUCCGGGUGGCGAAAAUAUGCCUGUCAAACGAUUGUCUACAUCUUUUCGAACCCGGCACCAGAUGCCCUCAUUAUGCAGCUGACCAACCAGUGCUUGAAUGCUGCUCCGGCCUUGGUGUAG